GUCUGACUCAUUUAUUGCCUAAACCUUUCUUAAAAUAAACAUCUCGAAAGUACUAUUUAUUUACCUAGUCUCUACAUCCUCUGCAUCACUCACAGUUGUUUCUUAUUUCAUCUGUAUAUUUGUAUAUCUCGUAUAAACGAGAGUUGCCACAAAGCUACGUCAUACUCGAUAUGAUAACCAACGGACUUAAUCACAUCUCACAAGCUUUUUAUCGAUAACUAACACGAAUAAACACCUAACUACCUACCUAACCUUAGGUACCCACGUAUUAUUCGAUAUAUUCCACUUAUAACUUAUACACCAGACCUGGUGCUCAACUUAAACAUAACAUAACACUUUAUAACUUUCAAUUCUAUAACAUUCUAUAACCGUUUAUAAACUAUAACUACAUGGACUUCGAUUCUCAUGGAAUCUCUUAGUAUUUCCGACGAGCUACCAAUUCUCACAACUUUGCCUGCCGAUAUCCUCUACAUCGUACUCACCUACUUGGAUACGGCAAAGAGUGUUGCUAAUUUGGCUGCUUCUUGCAAAGGCUUGCAUCACCUUAUUACCGAGAGUGGCUGGCGUAUAUUCGUUACAUCACGCUUCAGCACUUUCAAGUUAUCCCAAGUGUCUUCCACUGAGGAAUGGAGUGAACGUGCCUUCUCCUUAACUUCCCAGUCGAGAGAUUGGGACAGGCGUGCCUUUGCCGUCAGUGCUCUGAAGCCCGUGGUUAAGCAUCGUGGACGCGCCUUCAGCCACUUUAGUCCCUCUCAAUCUAUCCCCAGCAAUAUCAUAGUUGAUGCUCACCACCAAAGACAAGGAAAUGAUGCUCAUGAUCUCGUAUUCUGGGGCGCUGGCGAGGAUAUCUUCGGUUUGCUGCGUCAUACCCGCGGGUCUAAAGCUUCCAAUGAUGAGUGGUUGAGUAGUAGAGGCGCUACAGCUGGUUAUCGUUCCGGAAAAGACGACGUCACUUGCGUAUCUAUCCUGAAGGAUAGCAAAUACAAUUAUGGCCAAGAAGACGAAUCUCAAGUCCUGGUGGGAAGAGCCAGUGGCCACCUCCACUUGUUGUCGAUGGGUGCCUCAAAUUUUGGUAACGCGGUUCUGAAUUUCCGGCCUUCUCGUGGACCAGCUUCGGGACCUGAUAAUGAAGCCAUCCGUCAGACAGAAAUCCAGUCCCUCGACGUCAACUACAAGCAGGGCACUCUCGCAGCAGCAACCAAACUGGGUAUCUUAACUUACUCUCUUAAUCAUGACGGGCAAGCCGUUCAUAGCACUAAUAGCGAGGACAGCUUGGAAACAGGUGCCACACCCCACGUAUGGGCUGACGAUUCUCUGGCGUUAAAGGACAAUGCACAAUCAGGAGCUUUCGAGUACAUCCGAUCCAUCAAGUUUGUCAAUGGAGACACUCUAGCGGUAGGCCUCAACAAGGGCUAUAAUCCACUGCAGUACUUGAAAUAUACGCCAACUGGGGUUGACGUAUCUUAUGCGGCCAAGGCAAGCAAUAGUCAUGAUUCUGUACGCGAUUAUAAACUCAGAACAGUCAGGGCACUCUUACCCAUAGGUACAAACUCCCUCGCUCACGGCGGCGGAAACGGAGUGCUCAGCUCGUGGGACGAUGGUACGAUUCGUCUCCAAGACCUCCGCACACCAUCUGCGGCAGACCAAAUAUUCCAAGACAAUUUCGACCUCUCAACUCCCAUCAACGCGCUACUCUCGCGAGGUCUCGAGCGUUUCGUUGCCGGCAGCGCUUAUUCCCCUGUGCUGAAGGUAUUCGACUACCGCUGGCCAAAAGGCUACUAUCACACUGAAGCCCUCCCCUGCGGUAACGAUGAGCCGUAUCCCGCACCUCGACCUCCAACUAUUGUACCCGAGCCGUCUUACUCAGACGAUCGCGUUGCAUGUGACUACAUGGCCGGCAAACGUUGCCGCUGGCACGAACUGUCAAGACACGAUUUCUACAGGCCGAAUUUCAACAUGUGGCUCCCGGCCUCGGCCAGCGAUACAUCCCCCAUCUAUACGCUCGCGUCACCUUCAGACGACUCGCCAACACUAUUCGCCGGACUCUCGGGGAUGCUAGUGGAAAUCACACCCAAGAGCAGCACGCGGCCAACAACACGGCCCAACUUCGGACCCGCGAAGGACCUGGCAUACGUGCGACAAGUCGACAGCGUGGCUUUCAUCGAGACCGGCUCCGGGUACGCGGUGGACGAUGUCUCGCAGUCGCAACGCGUACCCCCGAUGUACCGCCAGUUCUUCAGGGAUCUGACCGAACGCGACCGCGGACACCCAGAGCGCGCCAUCUGGCGGAAGCGGCAUCGUCUGGAUGAGUGGUUGCAGCGUUGCGCCUGAUAUAGUGAAAUGGAAACAAUCAUAGAUUAUAGAAACGGGGUUCUUUUCUCCCGCUUGGGAUAACGAGGAUCAUGAUGUACAUACAUAGGUACAUACAUAGAAACGACUCCUAUGGGUAGAUGAUACAUAGGUCGGUUAUAGACAUU